AUGCCGGGAUAAAGGGCUGGUGGGCGUGCUCCCCGACAGAGGCCCGCGUUGGACCGCGCCGAGGAUGGGGAAACCUACCCCGCGCUAGCACUGGGUAUAAAGGGCCCGGCUACUUCGGCCGGGCAACUACGAGCUUCACAGGGGGAAACGCUCGCUUCGUCAGUCCGCAUCCUUGUUAAGUACCGUCCGGACGCCACGAAGAUGGUACCGAUUGGGGGCAAAAAGGCCAAGAAGGGCAUCUUAGAACGAUUAAACUCCGGAGAGGUUGUGAUCGGGGAUGGAGGGUUUGUGUUUGCACUGGAGAAAAGGGGCUAUGUGAAGGCAGGGCCCUGGACGCCAGAAGCUGUAGUGGAACACCCAGAAGCAGUUCGCCAGCUUCAUCGAGAGUUCCUCAGAGCUGGAUCCAAUGUCAUGCAGACCUUCACCUUUUAUGCCAGUGAAGACAAGCUGGAGAACAGGGGAAACUAUGUUGCAGAGAAAAUAUCCGGGCAGAAAGUCAAUGAAGCUGCUUGUGACAUUGCCCGGCAAGUAGCUGACGAGGGAGACGCUUUGGUGGCCGGAGGCGUGAGCCAGACACCUUCGUACCUUAGCUGCAAGAGCGAAACUGAAGUCAAAAAAGUCUUUCAGCAACAGUUAGAGGUCUUCAUGAAGAAGAACGUGGACUUCUUGAUUGCAGAGUAUUUUGAACACGUUGAAGAGGCUGUAUGGGCGGUUGAAGCCUUGAAAGCAUCUGGGAAGCCAGUGGCAGCGACCAUGUGCAUCGGCCCAGAGGGAGAUUUGCACGGUGUGACCCCUGGCAUGUGUGCGGUGCGCCUCGUAAAAGCAGGCGCUUCUGUCGUUGGCGUGAACUGCCAUUUCGACCCCACCAUCAGUUUACAAACAGUGAAGCUCAUGAAAGAAGGCUUGGAGGCUGCCGGACUGAAAGCCCACCUGAUGAGUCAGCCCUUGGCCUUCCACACCCCCGACUGCGGCAAACAGGGAUUUAUCGAUCUGCCAGAAUUCCCCUUUGGACUGGAGCCCAGAGUUGCAACCAGAUGGGAUAUUCAAAAAUACGCCAGAGAGGCCUACAACCUGGGGGUCAGGUACAUAGGCGGAUGCUGCGGAUUUGAGCCCUACCACAUCAGAGCGAUUGCAGAGGAACUGGCCCCAGAAAGGGGAUUUUUGCCACCAGCUUCAGAAAAACAUGGCAGCUGGGGAAGUGGUUUGGACAUGCACACCAAACCCUGGAUUAGAGCCAGGGCCAGGAAGGAAUACUGGGAGAAUCUUCGGAUAGCCUCAGGCCGGCCAUACAGCCCUUCAAUGUCAAAGCCAGAUGCCUGGGGAGUGACCCGAGGAACAGCUGAGCUGAUGCAGCAGAAAGAAGCCACAACAGAACAGCAGCUGAGAGAGCUCCUUGAAAAACAGAAAUUCAAAUCUGCCCAGUAGCCUCAGCAGAACCCAUUUUUAGUGACUUCCUGUAUUUUCAGGCCGGAGUUCCAAAAAUAAGGAGAGGAUGGUUUCAAGGCAAUGCUUAUCUGAAUGCCAGCCUACACAUUAAAACUGAUACUAGCUGAACAAAACAAUUACAUACAGCAAGCAACCGUUUUUAAAAGUAUAUAUUUAGAACUUGGGAGCAAAAAAGUAAGAAGUGAAUCUUAAACAGGUUGACUAAACAUCCACCAUGAAUAUGGUAUUAAAGAAUUCACCGUAUCCAUGGAAAAGUAAUCUGGAUGUUAAUUCCACUUCAAGAAGUUUGCAGGCUAGUAAGGAGGAGGAGAUGUGAGCUGUCAUAAAUGGUUCAGCAACCAGACAGGGACAAAGUGAUAUAGGAAAGUGACUUCCAAGGUCUUUUGAACAAGACCCUUCAUAAGAAACACAACUUACAUAAUGAACUAGUAAAGCAUGUAUCCUACAACCAUUGAAAUAAAAUGUUUUUUUUCUAUCCCAUUCCUUUCUGUCCUAUUUCAUUAAUAAAAUAUGCUGGUUGAGUCC